GCUUCAUACUGUACCAGACACAGUGCAAAAGACUGAAGCUUUGGAUAAGUUCAGUUGUCAAGAUCACAUGACGUUUAACGUUACAGAAGUCGAUUGCGUUGUUUUCGCUGAUCCGUUGCUGGCCUCUCAUUCACAUGCAUUGUAUUCGGUGACUGUUUCUACUGUAUAAACGCGACAAAUCGAAAACAUGGAGAAUGGACACAACCGUCUCCGUCAGGCCCAGGAUGAUGUGGAGGAAGUCAAGAUUGUCAUGCUGGACAAUUUAGACAAGGCAAAUGAGCGAUCUGCAAAACUUGGGGAGCUAGAAAACAGAGCUGUUGAACUAAAGCAAAAGGGAGAAGUCUUCUCAAAAACCUCAGCUAAGGUGAAACAGAAGAAACGGUGGGAGAAUUAUAAGUAUAAAGUGAUAAUAGCUGCAGUAAUAAGUGUAGUGGUCAUCGGCAUAAUUGUUGUUGUUAUUAUAAUGACACAGAGACAAGAAACAGAAAUUGAAUCAGAAUCUCCAUAAAAUUUGGACAGUCUUGAUUUCACUAAAUCUCAAAACGGGAUAGUAACAAAUCUAAAAUAUACAACUGAAAUCUGUUAUUCUACUUUAUAUUUAGUAUGCUAAGAAUAAUAUGGUGGGUAAUAUAAAAAAUGGUACCAUGGUGUCAACUUAAUAACUGCCUUCAACUUCAUUUUUUAGAAUGGUAACAGUUUACAUGCAUAAUCUUGUUGAUUAAUCACUAAAACAUCAUUAAACAUCAAGAGUGGGUGUGAUAAAAACCUAACACAAAAGUUGUUUUGGGGCAUUGUUUUCUGUUAGUCACUCUGGAAAAGAAAUCAGGAAAAAAUAUAAAUUUUGACAGUGACUUGGUUAUGUACAGAAGUGUAUGUUUUGAACAUAAUAUAUGGUGCCAAAUUGUAAUGUACAGUAAAGAUUUGUUUUGAUGACAUGUUAAAGGUGUAGUUCACUUAAAACAUUUUUUUUCAACAUUAGGUCUCUUCAAAAUCAUAUUAAUUACUUAAUUACCAUGGAGAAAAUACAGUUUUCAAACAUUGAGAAGAAUGUUUUAUAAUAUCAGGGCUUUAACAGAUGUAAUCUUUGUGGGGGUACUUCUCUCCAAUAUUUAAAAGAAUAUUGGAAUAAUGAGAUUUACAAUUCAAUUCACACUGAAUUCAAAGUUGUUAUAUCCCUCUCUUUUUUCAUUUCAAAAGCAUUUUAAAAUUAAAGUAUUAAAAGUUGUCAUAACUUGAGAGAGAUAUUAAAAUACUCUUACUCCAAAAAAUCAGCUUCAUCUCUCUCUUUCUUUCUCUCGCUCUGUAUGUAUGUAGCCUAUGUAAUUACGUUUGUAUGUAAAUAUAACUUAAA